AUGGCCGACGAGGCGAUUCGUUCGAAACGAAGCAUGCUCUACGCUACGUUUUACGCUAAAUAUGAAGAUUUGGAGGAACUGAGAAGAACGACUCCACCCGGAACUUAUGCUGAAAAUCCAUUCAACCUAGAUAAUAUUGGAGAUGGAUACGAUGUCUGGACACGAGGUGAAACUCAACUGUUGGUUUUGGCAGUUAUAAUCGUCAUCCUCACUCUAAUCUUCGCUGCCAUUGUUGCUCUGGAUUGUGGUAGAAAUGCACCGCCCAUAAUGAGAACUGGAACACUUCGUGAUAUUGUAUGGCAAGGAGGACGAAUGCGCAAUCCCCAGAGAGUUCAUACUGGAAGGUCAGCUGCGAGAAACAAUCCUGACAAUACUUCGGGAGAUCUCAAAGCCCCGCCGCUCAGCUAUUUGGCCCCUCCACCAUACGUCGAUCGCCGUCAAGACACAGCAACACUUCCCAUAUAA